GACGGGACGUCCCCACUAUUUGCAUAGCUCCUGGGACGUGGCGCAGCACCCAGGCCACUUCCGAGUUGGAGGGAACUCCAUGUCCCAGAGUGCCAUGGUGGCGAGAUGUAUUACUUCCGUUGUGUUGGAAGCGGCAGAGACUGGAUCUGGGAGGCGGGUCCGCGUGAGAGUGACAGCUAAAGGCAAAGUGCGGCGAAGAGGGACCCGAGACCAACAAACAACUGGGCUGUGGUUCGUGCCUGAAAUUCGGGGGUUGGAGCUGGGUGGCGGGGUGAAUCCCCGGGUUUCUGUCCAUUCUUGUCCGUAGUAUGGAGCUGGCACUGGGUCCCAACGACCAAGACCUGCUGGGUUUUCUGCUAGAGGAAAGCGGAGAUUUGGGGGUGGCGCCGGAGGAGGCCCUGGAGGCUCCGCUGGACUGGGAGCUGCCGCUCUCCGAGGUCAAAGCCUGUUUAUUGAACCAUGUGCAGGUACUGAGUGAUUGGGAUGUGGAGGAUUUCCUGAGUUCCCUGCUAAGUCCCCCAGCAUCGUUGAAGGCUCUCAGCUCCUUCAAUCCCUGUCCUGUCAGUCAUGAUCACAACUACUCUCUCCCACAGGAACAUGUCUCCGUAGAUACAGACAGUGGGAGCUGUGGGAAGGUGGCCCAGAUGACUCCCCUGCAGGUGAAGGAGGCUGGAGAGCAGGAGAUUGAGGAACUGAUACUGACAGAGGAGGAGAAGAGGCUAUUGGAGAAGGAGGGGCUUUCGCUGCCUGGGACACUUCCUCUUACUAAGAAGGAGGAACAAGCCCUCAAACGAGUACGGAGGAAGAUUCGAAACAAAAAGUCUGCUCAAGAGAGUCGUAGGAAGAAGAAGGUGUAUGUGGGAGGUUUAGAGAGCAGGAUCUUGAAAUACACAGCCCAGAAUCUGGAGUUACAGAACAAGGUGCAGCUCUUGGAGGAAGAGAAUCUGUCCCUUCUGGAUCAGCUGAGGAAACUCCAAGCCAUGGUGAUUCAGAUAUCAAACAAAACCAGCAGCAGCAGCACCUGUGUCCUGGUCCUACUCUUCUCCUUCUGCCUCCUCCUCAUACCUGCGAUGUACUCCUCUGACAUAAGGGGGAGCCUGCCAGCUGAGCAUGGAGUGUUGUCCCGCCAGCUUCGAUCCCUCCCCAGUGAGGACCCUCACCAACUGGAGCUCCCUGCCCUGCAGUCAGAGGUACCAAAGGACAGCACAAACCAGUUGCUGGACAGCUCAGACCAUUUCCUCCAGGUCCCUGGCAAUUCUUGCUGCUUUUUGAACCACGUGCCUCAGGAUCCUGGUGCAGAGCCUCCCCUGAAGCGGACCCUCUCUGACCCCGUCUCAAUGCACUCCUGCCUAAGUCCCAUCCUUCCCCUGCAGACCAAUCUCACAAGAAAGGGUAGAUGGCUCUCUACCCACAGCCCCUCGUCUGUCAUCUUGCAGGUCAGAUACUCAGGCUAGAUGGGAGGAUGAGGAGGGCCUCAGCAAGAGCCUGGGAGCCCCAGUCUGUGUCCAAAUACAAAGGAAUGAGAAAGGGCUACCUUCAGCCCUGCCAGGAAGACUGAGGCUCAAACACACCAGACUUACUGGCUUUCUGGGUCUUUUAUUUGUACCUGUGUUGUCUCUAUCAUUCUGUGAAUGGGCCUGGUGGAAUCAACUGAACCUCAUCAUACAUUUCAUGCAGCGAAGGGAGGGGGUAAGGAAAGAAAUAAAUGAUUCUGAUGUCUGGGUCA